UAGUGUACAGAAGCAGCAGGAGCCCUGGGGAGCUUUGGAAUAGUUAUGAUCCCUCCUGUACUGCUAUCUAGCAUAAGAGAAACACAAUACUGUUUUCUUUAAGAGUGUCUGUUUCCUUGUGAACAUCCGGAUGUAAUUUCCUACUGGUCCACAAGGCACCUGCCCCCCUGCUCUGGAUUUGCUUUUUCUUGAGCUGCCUUUACCAUUUGGAAUAAUCCGAGAAGCUUCAGAGUGCUGUGGCUGAGCAUUUCUAGUGCUUCUCUCCUGGUUGUCUGACGAUUCAAGUGGGAAACGAAGACGCCAUGAUGCACACGCUGUUUGCAGAUUCUUUCGCCACGCUGGGCCGACUGGACAAUGUUACCUUGGUGAUGGUUUUCCACCCACAGUAUCUUGAAAGCUUUCUAAAAACUCAGCACUAUCUCCUGCAAAUGGAUGGUCCACUCCCACUUCAUUACCGACACUACAUCGGGAUAAUGGCUGCAGCACGACAUCAAUGCUCUUACCUUGUUAACCUCCAUGUGAAUGACUUCCUUCAUGUCGGUGGGGACCCUAAAUGGUUGAAUGGUCUGGAAAAUGCACCUCAAAAACUGCAGAAUUUAGGAGAACUGAACAAAAUGUUGGCUCACCGACCCUGGCUUAUCACCAAGGAACAUAUCGAGCAACUUUUGAAGACUGAAGAGAACAGCUGGUCCCUGGCAGAGCUGAUCCACGCGGUCGUUCUCCUUACACACUACCACUCCCUUGCUUCCUUCACGUUUGGUUGUGGCAUCAGCCCGGAGAUCGACUGUGAAGGGGGUCACACCUUCAGGCCCCCUUCUGUCAGCAACUACUGCAUAUGUGAUAUUACAAAUGGUUACCACGGGGUGGAUGAAAUUCAUGCCAGCCCAACUGGAAGUAUUCCAUCUACGGAGUCCGUCUGUGAAGUUGAAGCUCUUAUGGAGAAAAUGAAGCAGCUACAGGAGUGCAGAGAUGAAGAGGAAGCCAGCCAAGAAGAGAUGGCUACACGUUUUGAAAGAGAGAAGAGAGAAAGCAUGUUCGUGUGUUCUUCAGAAGAUGAAGAAUCGGCACCAACAAGAGAUGUGUCUCGUCACUUUGAGGAUACCAGCUAUGGUUACAAAGACUUCUCCAGACAUGGAAUGCACGUGCCCACCUUUCGUGUUCAGGAUUACUCCUGGGAAGACCACGGUUAUUCCUUGGUUAAUCGUCUUUACCCAGAUGUGGGACAAUUACUUGAUGAGAAGUUUCAUAUUGCUUAUAAUCUGACUUACAACACAAUGGCCAUGCACAAAGAUGUGGAUACCUCAAUGCUAAGACGAGCUAUUUGGAACUAUAUUCAUUGUAUGUUUGGAAUAAGAUAUGAUGAUUAUGAUUAUGGUGAAAUUAAUCAGUUGUUGGACCGCAGCUUUAAGGUUUAUAUCAAGACUGUGGUUUGCACUCCUGAAAAGACCACGAAAAGAAUGUAUGAUAGCUUCUGGAGGCAGUUUGAACACUCUGAGAAGGUGCAUGUAAAUUUGCUUCUGGUAGAAGCUCGGAUGCAAGCCGAACUACUUUAUGCUCUGAGAGCUAUUACUCGCUAUAUGACCUGAUGUCUCCAGCUGCCUGUCGACGUCGGAAUGUUCUGCAGCUGCAGUAUGGCAGAGGAAGAUACGAAGCCUCAGGACCAACGGUAGCUAUAAGUUAAGAUGCCCAUUGUGCCAUAACUCCUUUAGUUUCAGCUAUUUCCGUGUUUGGAAUAUCACUGCUGUCACUCAGCAGUGAACGCUUGGCAGUUGAAAAGACAGGGUUGUGCAGAAGUGCUGCCUGCUCGUGGUAUUUUGGCUUUAGGCAGCCCGGGACACUCUCUGAACUUGUGGCAAUAUAGCAAAUGAUACGUAUAUAGAUCUUGUGUUAAGGCAAAUACUAUGGGAGUUGGAGCGUGACAAGAAGUGGGACUUGAUGACAUUUGCUUUCCCUAUGAGAAUAAUUUUAGAAAAUCUCGAUGCUGCUAUUUGUGCUGGUGGAGUGAACAGACACAGGCUGUUCCAGUUAAGCUAAAAGCGAAAGUGAGCACUGCUAUUGUCUGAGCCUUUAUUGUGUGUGGUUUCAAAAAAGCCUUGUUAUUUAGAUUUCUUUUUUAAUGAGAGCUAAACCUCUUCUCUCCACACUGAUAUUUUGAAAGAUAGCAGUCGGUUUUCUCAAAUAGUUUAGCCUUAAAAUGCUACAGGACAUUUGUUGAGCAUUAUUUUGUGAGCUCUGAAGUGCAAUGGUCUUCCUAUGGAAAGAAGGGGACUGGAGUCCUCAGAGCUUUUUAGAGAUCUAACUAUGUGUCGAGUAGCUUCUUGUCCUGUUUUGCGAGGGUGAACCAAGGAGGAGCUAGGACAAGGUGUGGGAAUGUUGUUCCUGACUGCCAAACAGUCCUACUGUAUUACAUGCCCAACGCUGGUCUUACUGACUUUUGCAGUUGCUUAAAUAACUAGGCUAAAAAACAUCUAUUUUUAGUAAAUCAAAACAUGAUUAAAAUGCUGAUGUUUAAUAUACAGUGAUUUUGGAGAACACGAAUACUUUUGUAUGAGUGUGAAUUGCUUUUUAAAUUUGUCAGUAUUACUGGUAUUUUUUAAAUAAAGGUAACAACUUUUUC